AUGGCCACCAACCUUCACCCUACCACAAACGGCACCACCAACGAUGACUUCACUGUCAAGGCCGGUCUCGCCCAGAUGCUGAAGGGCGGCGUGAUUAUGGACGUCACAACCGCCGCCGAGGCCCGCAUCGCCGAGGAGGCCGGUGCCGUCGCUGUCAUGGCUCUGGAGCGGAUCCCGUCCGACAUCCGCAAGAUGGGUGGCGUGGCGCGCAUGUCGAACCCCGAGAUGAUCCAGGACAUCCAAAAGGCCGUGACCAUUCCCGUUAUGGCCAAGGCCCGCAUCGGCCAUGUGGUCGAGUGCCAGAUCCUCGAGGCCCUCGACGUGGACUACAUCGACGAGAGCGAGGUGCUCACCCCGGCUGACGACCAAUUCCACGUCCAGAAGUCUGACUUCAAGAUCCCCUUUGUCUGCGGCUGCCGCAACCUCGGCGAGGCCCUCCGCCGCAUCAAGGAAGGCGCCGCCAUGAUCCGCACCAAGGGCGAGGCCGGAACCGGCGACAUUGUCGAGGCCGUCAAGCACAUCCGCACCGUCAACGCCGACAUUGCCCGCGCCAAGGCCGCUCUCGCCGCCGGCGGAGACCUGGCCAUCUCCGCCCUCGCCCGUGAGAUCGGCGCCGAUGUCGCCCUACUCAAGCAGACCGCCGAGCUUGGUCGUCUCCCCGUUGUCAACUUUGCUGCUGGGGGAGUGGCUACCCCAGCCGACGCCGCACUGAUGAUGCACCUUGGCUGUGACGGUGUGUUCGUUGGCAGCGGCAUCUUCAAGGACGCCGAGACACCUGAGCAUGCGGCUAAGCGUGCCCGUGCUAUCGUCAAGGCUACCGCCCAGUACACUGACGGGAAGGCGCUUAUAGCGGCCAGCAUCGAGCACGGCGAGGCUAUGCGGGGUAUUAGCAACGCUGGCCUCAAGCCCGAGGAGAAGAUGGCUGGUCGGGGUUGGUAA